AUGAAUAUAUUUAGACUGAUCGGUGAUAUUUUGCACUUAGUAAGUAUGUAUAUACUUAUUAUGAAAUUAAAGAAAUCAAAGAAUUGUAUAGGAAUAUCAUGUCGUAUGCAAGAAUUGUAUUUAAUUGUAUUUUUAUGCAGAUAUAUUGAUCUCUUUUUUGUUUUUGUGAGUUUUUACAAUACAGUUAUGAAAAUAACUUUCAUACUGACAAUAGCAUAUACUAUAUAUUUAAUAAGAUUGAAACUACCCAUAUCUCAAACAUACAAUAGAAAAGUAGACAAUUUUAAAAGUGAAAAAUAUUUGAUUCCCCCAUGUUUAGUUUUGAGUUUGUUAACCUGUAAAACAUACAACUUAUAUAACAUUUUAUGGUCCUUUUCUAUAUGGUUAGAAAGUGUCGCUAUAUUACCUCAACUAGUAUUACUUGAAAAACAAAGAGAAGUUGAAAAUAUUACCUCCCAUUAUGUUAUUACUAUGGGAUUAUAUAGAGCUUUCUAUAUUUUAAAUUGGAUAUAUAGAUAUUUCUUUGAUGACAAACCAUAUAUUAAUGUAGUAGGAUGGAUUGGUGGUUUAAUACAAACAUUAUUAUAUAUAGAUUUCUUUUAUUAUUUUGCCUUAGCAAAAUGGUAUGGAAAAAAAUUAGUUCUUCCCUUUAAUGGUGAAGUAUAA